AGGGCUCAGGGAUGCCUGAGAGCCAGGGGAAGGACAGUGAGAGCAGCAGCAGCAGCAGCUCCAACACUUUGGACUCGGUGGCUUCCUUUGGACAGUACCAGUACACAGCCAGCGAGUACCGAGCAAUCCAGCACGCCCUGCGACAGAGGCUGGGCCCAGACUACAUCAGCAGCCGGCAGGCAGGAGGAGGGCAAAAGGUCUGUUACAUUGAGGGUCACAAGGUCAUCAGUCUGGCCAAUGAAAUGUUUGGCUUCAAUGGCUGGGCUCACUCAGUCACUCAGCAGAAUGUUGACUUUGUUGACCUCAACAAUGGCAGAUUCUAUGUGGGUGUCUGUGCUUUUGUGAAAGUUCAGCUUAAGGAUGGGUCAUACCAUGAAGAUGUGGGAUAUGGAGUCAGUGAAGGCCUGAAGUCUAAAGCCUUAUCCUUAGAAAAGGCAAGAAAGGAGGCAGUAACAGAUGGACUGAAGAGAGCACUGAAGUGCUUUGGGAAUGCUCUUGGGAACUGCAUCCUGGACAAGGACUACCUGCGAGCCGUGAACAAACUUCCCCGGCAGGUACCCCCUGAGUUAGACCUGGUUAAAGCUAAAAUACAGGACUAUGAGCCUGAAAUAGAGAAAGCAAGAUACAGCAGCUAUAUGGAAAGGCAGAAUGGAGCAGGGAGACAGCACUGUGAGGUGACACCUGGCUGUGAGCCUGGCAAGACAGAGGCAGCUGUAGUGACAGCAGAUCAGAAACAGCCCAAUGCUCCCAGAAGCACAGACUCCCUGGCCAUGGAAUGUGAUGCCACUUACCAGAGGAAACUGCGCCAGAAGCGGCUGCAGCAGCAGUUCCGGGAGCAGAUGGAGAAAAAGCAGCAGGCCCCAGGAGUUACUCCCAGCAGCAAACAGGCGACAUCCAAUCCUGCCGUGGAGCACAGCACUCCAGCAGAAGUGCAACAGGAGCUGGCAAUAGAAGAGGAGUUCUUUGCAGAUGAUCCUGAACUUUGGGACAUUCCCUUGGAGAGCAUGGGUGCCAAAAUACCAGAGCCCUCCUCAGCUGCACAGCAGGCACCUGAGAUGCCCCAUGGCCAUCAGCAGAUGAGCACUCGCAGCAGGACACCCCGCAGGGGGAACCAGCACAAAGCUUCUGCCAGGCUGGCACAGCUUCAGCCCCCUGCUGCAGCCCCCAGCACCAGCUGUGCCCACCAGCACAGCCCAGGGUGCAGCCCACUCGGGAGAAGUCAGAGCUUGAAGAAAAGGAGGCUGGAACCUAUGUGAGGCACAUCGUGGGAUCUGUGCCUCUGUCAUGGAUUACAUCACAAGGCUGCAGCUGGCUUUCCGAAUUGUGUCACAUGGACUCUGCUGUACAUUAUGGUGAAGCAACAGAGAAGAGUUUCAUACAAUCAGCAAGAACUUCAUGUACUCUUAGGUUAUUAUGUAUUUCUUUUUCUAUAACCAUGCCAUUAUUUGUGCUCUGCAGCACGAGCCUUGUGGCCGUAUUACAAGUGGAUAUUACCUGUAAAUUGUAACAGAAUGGAUUGUUAAAAAUGAAAUGCAAUUCAGAGCUUGUAUCUCCCUCAGUGCUGCAUUCCAGCACAGAGAUUUUCAGUACAAUGGGGAGCAGGGGGAUCGUGGCCA